UAUAUUUUAAAAUAAAUUAUAAAAAUAUUCGAGGACAAGUACUCUGAACACUUUCAGGAGGAUAUAUUUAAUAAUAAAUAUGAGUACAGUAAAAAACUAUAUUAAAAUUGAUUUGAACAUAGGGGAUCAAUUAACGUCUAUAUCCUGUGGACAUAUUGUAGUAGAAAUUAUAAAAUUUUUAGCAUAUCAAAGACUUCAAAUUCCUUAUACUUAUCAGUGGUUAAAAGAAAUUGUAAAUAAACGAAAGGCUUGUGAAAAUAUAAAGGAAGGCUUUCAGUCUGAAAGGCAUUUUCGUACAGCGUCUGCAGCUUUGGAUAACCUUGAUUUUAUUAUUAAGAGUCUUUUAAAAGAAAUUAGUGGUGCAAGUGUACCUGAAGAGAUUUGCAUAGCCUUAGGUUCAACACCUAUUACUUGCAAAGAAGUAUACCGCCUUAUUCUGCCAACUAGUUGUCACAUGCCACAAUGCCAUUCAAGCAAUAUUGCAAGUGAUCAGAAAAUACAAAGAACUGUUUUCAAAAAUUUAGUGACAUCAGAGAAGUUAAGUGAAGUUUUCUUUAAUUCAAUAUCUCCGACCAACAUGUAUGUGUUCUUAAAAAAAAAUCCUUUAUGCAAUCAAGAUAUUGUUUGCAGUGACAGUUUUGUAUUUGUUAACGGAUACAAAUUACCCAGAAGUUGUAAAGUUAUUGUUUUAGAUUUUAAAGCACAGAAUCCCGAAAAUAUAUCAUGUUGUAAUAAGUUUCAAGUAUUUGGUGAUGUUAUCAGUAAAAACUUAGAUAACCUUAACAUAAAUAGUGAUGAUUCUGGGCACAAUUUUAAUAGUAUAGAGUCGACUGAUGAAAUCAAAUGGUUUCAAUCUUCUUACAUAAUGAAAGGUUUUAAGGAUUGCGUUGUUAACGGUAGCUCAGUCACCAAUGCCUGGUGCGAGUCUUGAUGGUAAUGUAUUUGCAAUGUAGGACAAUUAUUAUUUAGAAUCAAAAUAAAAGCACUUUUGUGUUGACUGGUUUAAUGUUCAAUUGUUUAUUGACAGACUGACUGUUAUAUAUUAAUCUGUUGACAUAUAGUUUAAUAUGUUGUAUUUAACAAUUUUUAGUAGUUAUAUCUCUUAUGUAAUUUAAUCUAUUAAAAUCAGAAAAAUUCAUACAUGAGUCUGAUU